AUGUCGAAUGACCCGUCGAUGAACACGGCGCUGCUGGACUUCUGCACGUCAGUCGGCGCCGGCUCGAGGAAUGGAAAUUGCGGCGAACUUCCGCGUCGUAACUCCGAGGAGCUGCAGUGGCUCAAAGAGGCGCUGGCAUCGGUUGAGGCACCAGAGCGGCAGGUCAAACGCCUGUUGGAAACAAUAUCACGCGAUGACGUCGCCGAGGAUGAGUGCGUCGCUGCGCUGGAGGAGCUGAGCGAGUUGGUUGAGGACAUCAAUUGGGCUAUUGAGUUCUCACUCAUGGAUGGUCACCGCGUCGUGCUGGAGCUUCUGCGCAAGGAACAGCUGGCUUUGAAAAGCGCCCAGGUUCGUCAGGGAGCGGCGAUGGUCAUUGCCCACUCUGCUCAGCUUAACGAGAGAGUACAAAAGUGUUUUGAAGAAGCACAGUGGCAGGCGGUGCUACUGCCAUUGCUGAGGGAGGAGAAGUCUCCUGCUGUAUUGGCCGCUCUCCUGCACAGCUGUAGCUGUCUCUGCCGUGAGUACUCUCCAAAUGCUCUUCUCUUCACCAGGGCGGGAGGGAAUGAACUCAUCGCCACAAUGUUGACAAGAGAGCCUUUGGGAGGGAGCAACGACAAGAAGAUCCUUAAGCGGGUGCUGUUCCUGCUGAGGUAUCUUGCGGACGUGCUCGAUAUUGCCACAGAAGAUUUGAUUCGUUGCGUUUCUACACAUGCCGCAAGCACAGAUGAAGAUGUGCAGAUCUCUGUGGCGCAAACCCUCAUUCCUUGCGCCGAAAGAUGCUGCGCUAUUGUGAAACGUGUGUUGAAUGAAGUGGCGCCCGAGAGUUCCACACUCUGGAGAAACUCAUUACUUGAAGAGGAAGACCCCAGGAAGCAGCUGGUAAAUAAACUGGACAGAGAGGGUCACGACGGCUAA